UGUCGUCGUCGGUCGUGACGGUUCACGGUUCCGCACAGUGUGUGUCGGAGUGUAGUCGGAUGCAAAGUGUCGGCGCAAGUGUGCCGUCGUCGUCGUCGCUGUCGUCGUCAAAGCGGUGAGACUAGCGGUUAAAGCAACCCCCGAGCACACAUCCGGAAGCGCGAGUGGUGUGGUGCGGUGGAGAAGAAGCAAAAAGAAAAACACGAGCGUGCUGAGGUAAUCUCUUAACGAGGGCGAGGAGAAGCAGAUCAAAGUGUGCGGCAGCGGCGGUGGUGGAGCGGCUUCAAGAUGACACUGAACGAUGAGAAUGGGGCCAGCAGCAAUAAUGUUGUCGUCAAGGCAGCAAGUGGAACGGGACUGUCAGCGGCGGGAACCGGAUCAGAUCGACCAGCGCCAGCAGGUACGCAGCCGGUUGGGAUGGGUGGUGGUGGUGCAACCACCGGGCAAGCGACCGGCCCAAACGGGGGCAUCGGAGCACCCAUCAACAGUAGCGCGAACAAUAACAACAACAACAACAACAGCAGCAGCAGUAUCAUCAACUCCGGCAACGGCGGUACGGCAGCGGCAAACGCGGCUGCGACGGCAACGGCACAAAGCAACAGCACCAAUAACAACAACAACAACAACAACAAUAGUAUUAGCAACGGCAACGGACAGAAUGGCAAGCAGCAGCAGCAGUCACAGGGUCCACCAACGGGCGGCAGCCUGGAGAAGCGGCCGAGCAGCAGCAGUGCGACGAGCGGCACCGGCAGCGGUCGCUACAUCAUACCGAAGUUUUACGAGAUCGAAACGCUGCCCCCGCUGAAGGACGCCGAUCCGGCCGAGCGGGAGGAGCUGUUCAUCCAGAAGCUGCGCCAGUGCUGCGUCCUGUUCGACUUCUCCGAACCGCUGAACGAUCUGAAGUACAAGGAGAUCAAGCGGUGCGCACUGCAGGAAAUCGUCGAGCAUCUGAACAACCAGAGCAACGUGAUUACCGAGCCGAUCUACCCGGAAGCGUUCAACAUGGUGGCGACCAACCUGUUCCGCACGCUGCCCCCGUCCUCCAACCCGAACGGGGCCGAGUUCGAUCCGGAGGAGGACGAGCCGACGCUCGAGGUGUCCUGGCCGCAUCUGCAGUUCGUGUACGAGCUGUUUCUGCGGUUUCUCGAGUCGCCCGACUUCCAGCCGAACGUGGCGAAGCGGUACAUCGACCACAGCUUCAUCCUGAACCUGCUCGAGCUGUUCGAUUCGGAGGAUCCGCGCGAGCGCGACUUCCUCAAGACGGUGCUGCACCGGGUGUACGGCAAGUUUCUCGGGCUGCGCGCCUUCAUCCGCAAGCAGAUCAACAACAUCUUCUACAAGUUCAUCUACGAGACGGAGCACCACAACGGCAUUGCCGAGCUGCUCGAGAUACUGGGCAGCAUCAUCAACGGGUUCGCGCUCCCCCUGAAGGAGGAGCACAAGCAGUUCCUGCUCAAGGUGCUGCUGCCGCUGCACAAGGUCAAGAGCCUGUCCGUGUACCAUCCGCAGCUGGCGUACUGUGUGGUGCAGUUUCUCGAGAAGGACGCCAGCCUGACGCAGCCCGUCAUCAAGUGUUUGCUCAAGUUUUGGCCGAAAACGCAUAGCCCGAAGGAGGUGAUGUUUCUGAACGAGCUCGAGGAGAUACUGGACGUGAUCGAGCCGGCCGAAUUCCAGAAGGUGAUGGAACCCCUGUUCCGCCAGAUCGCCAAGUGCGUGUCGAGCCCGCACUUUCAGGUGGCCGAGCGGGCACUGUACUACUGGAACAAUGACUACAUCAUGUCGCUGAUAUCGGAAAACUCGAAGGUGAUCAUGCCGAUCAUGUUCCCCGCCCUGUACAGCAACAGCAAGUCGCACUGGAACAAAACGAUCCACGGGCUGAUCUACAACGCGAUCAAGCUGUUCAUGGAGAUGAACCAGCUGCUGUUCGACGAGUGCCACCGGAAGUACCAGGCGGAGCAGGAGACGGAGCAGGAGAAGCUGGCCCAGCGGGAUGCCCUGUGGCAGCAGAUGGAGGAUCUGGCCGCGCGGAAUAGUAAGUUGACGCUGAACGACGACGAGUCGCAGCAGUCGGGCAGUGGGCGACUUUCGAGCAACUUUAGCCACCCCCAGCAGCAGCAGCAGCAGCACCGACAGAUGAACGGAACGUCGGGUGGUGGUGGUGGUGGAGUGUACGAUCGGCGAUCGAUACAGCACAGUAGCACCUAAACGGGGGAAGGAGCGUCUAAGUCACCAAGUGGCCCCGCUCUCACACAGACACACACACACAAACAGAUAGACGGUCAGACACUAUUACACUAAACAGAGCAUCCUAGACUUCCAUUUCCUGCGCUUCUACACACACACACAUACACAAAAAACACAGGGUAAUCUGGUGACCCCCCCCCUCUCCUUUGCCUCUUCCACCACACAGUUUCUACCCCCUCCCCCCGUGGCACGUUAUGUUUUAGAUUGUUUUACUAUUCCAAUCCUUUUCAGGAAAUUGUGUUGGAAAAUUGCCUACAAAUGGUGCGCUUCACGUACUUUACGUUCUUAAAACGAUUCGAAGCGAAGAGGGUCGAACAAUGAUUUAAACAAUGGCCGAAGUAUUCGAGUAUUGCUGUGUUAGGAGGAACAAAAAGGAGCCCCCGAGUCGGAAUGGGAUGGAAUGAUUUUUUGUUUAUUUUUUACGAAUUAAAUUUAUCGAACAGAAAAAAGAAAUUCCUUCCUUGUCCCGUUCCUUGAAGCGUGUAGACUGCGUGUAGGUUCUCUCAGCAGAUAAUACAUAUGCGUGAGUGCGUGAAUCAUGAUCGUGAAAUUGUACAUACUCUGUCUGUGUGGUGUGAAAUAGCAAGAAACGGAAAUAAUCUUAGGCUGAAACGAAUAAGGCGAUCGGGACGGAACAUAUUGAGCGUUUUUUGGCAAGCAAAACACACUUAGUGUUAGAGAGAUAGAAAGAGGGAGAGAUAUUGUGAAUGAACUGGUGAUUGGUGCUAGCCCCGAACUUCUUUCCAGUCAUUUCCCCCUUUUUUAUUUUCUGAAAAGAACUCACAACGUGAAUUUACACCAAUACCGGAAGUGAACUUUCCCUUACCCUUGUCUCUACUACUGCAUUGAUUUUCCCCUUCCCGGUUGCAAUAAUUUAAACACAAAUGGGCUGAAGCAGGUUGUAGAAGUAUCAAAAAGCGGAAGGAAUCGUACGCACGCACACACACACAAACACACAUUCUCAAAGGAUGUUGAUGGCACUAGAAAGUAAGGAAGGUUUGCCCACUUGCGCUGCGUAUUUAGUAGAUCGAGUUUAGAGUUUUAGAUACACACACACAUAAACAUAUCUUUUUUCGUCUUUGUUAGGAUCAAUUUGUUAUUUAGUUAUUUCGAUAUAUAAGUACAUCUCCGUUGUCCAGAGUACACACUAGACGCGCCUUUCUUCUUUUUUCACGUACACACACACACACACUUUAACAUAUUCCUUUCGCACCAAAACCAAAUACAAAAUGUGCACUAAAAGCAAGCAAUUUCGUUUGAUAUUAUUAGAACGGUCGACAGGUUUGAACGAGACAGAGAGAGAGAGAGAGAGAGAGAGAGAGAGAGAGAGAGAGAGAGAGAGGAGAUCUAUAAUGGUAUUAUAUUUGGUGGCGUGCGGCGGCCUUUUAUCACAACAAUCCAACCAAGCAAAGAUUACAUAUUAAGGAUGCGCCACAUAGACACAUACACACACACACAAAUGAGAUUGCUAGGAGCCCGAAAAGAAGGAUCAGGAGAGGAGGAAGUAUUAGAGAGGAAGGCGUUGGAUCUAGCGUAGAAGAAAGGCAGCUUCAUUUGCAUGCGCAAAUACAACACGCGGCACAAAGAAUUGGUUGGUGGCUGGGAACAAGCGGUCCACCUCACCCCCCACCUCACCCCACAUUUGGUGAUCAAUAAUAGAUUCCAGUAAAAGAAAAACACGUGUCCUCCCAUUCUCCCCCUUUCCCCAUGGGGGUUGGCAGAGUGUCAGCGCAGUGAUAUCAUGCUGCGUCGUCUGUGUGUGUGGCUGUGCAUCAGUAGUGACCGCGGACGGUGUAUUUAUUUUAUCGAACAACUCUCUCGGAUGUGCAUAAAUAUGUAUAUUGUUUGUGUAGGUUUAUUUUUAUCCUUCCGUUUCCCUCUCGCUCUCACACACACACACUCUUUGAACUCCUUCCCUUUUUUUUCAUUUCACACGACAAUUUCCUUGUUGUGGUCGUCGUCGUCGUCGUUGUCGUCGUUGCCGUUGUGUUCUUCCUCGCAUCGCUUUUGUCUCGUCUACCUUUUUGGGCUGAUGCCAACCAAUAAGCGCUGCUAUCGUGUGAGGACAAACCCUUCCCUCCUGAACCUCCCACCUCUCCCCUUUGCAGCAGGGGGGCUAGAGGUGGGAUGGUGGGUGGUGGUUACUUAUGAGAGUAGACAGUAAGUGGUAACAAUAAUAGUAAUAAUAAUAAUAAUUGUGCAAAGCAAAGGGGGGGGGGGUUGGUGGGUCGGUGGCGCACAUUGUCUAAUUCGAAAGCCCCUACACCCUACACACCAACACUAAUAGAUGAGGAUAGAUCCAUAAGCGAGAUACACACAGAAAAACACACACACACACACACACACACACACACACACACACAAAAUUACACAAAUUCCAGUAGAUACGUAAGAGUUAGAAGGGAGAGGGGGAGAGGUUUCCUUAUUAUUCACACAAACACAGCUACACACACACACAUAGUUAGGAGGGGGUUUACCUGAAUGAUAAAGCCCCUGCAAGCGGAAGUAGUACUGCAAGAGACGAUGCAUACGAUCAUAGGCAAAAGUGCAUCGGAGAUGCUUGGAGGGGGAAAGGAGAGGGGAUGGCAUUUUAUAUCCCUAAUUGAAGAGGAAAGCAAGCAAAGCAUAAUAAUAAAGCAGGGCUAUAGUAGUAGUAUAUGUAUGUGUCGGAAGUAAGAAACAAAAAUCAAAGUUGUGCAAAGGCAAAUAAAAAUGCAAAACAAAGGUUAAUAUCUAAUGCGUGUUUGAUAAGAUAUGUGCGUAGAGGAAGAAGAAGAAAAAGAAGAAGAAGCAUCAAACACACAACACUCACACACACAUAAACACAAAAAGUAGUUAAGAACGUGUGGUGUCUCUGCAUAGAAAGAGAGAGAGAGAGAAGGCGUGUGUCCGUGACCUUAGUGACCACCGCACGACGAUCGCGCCUCCGACGCCGCCGCCGCGUGGUGAUGUCGUGCGCAUAUAGAUGUGUUACGUUUGCAGCAGAAGAAUGGGCGUGGGGCGCGCGAAUGCAUUGUAUGGCAUUAUGUAUGUUAAACAAAAACAAAAAAGGAAACAAAUUAAGCAAACAAAACAAUACAAAACUCUCGCCGAAGAAAACAAAACAAAAAAACGGAGAAAGGAGAAGAACACACUCAUGCGUAACCGUAAGUGGAGUCAGUUGCGCGAGCAUGCACACGCGUGCGCCCGCACGCAACAUAACUGUUAGCAUUUUACACUAAUAAGGAAAAAGAAAAACACUAAUAAAAUGGCAAACAAAAACA